AUGAGCCUGCACGUUCCGGCCAGGCCGGUAGCGUCGCUGAUGGACCCGCCGCCGCAGUGGCACCCUGACUCAGCUGUCCCAUCAUUGUAGAGCCCGGUGACCACUGAGGAUGUGGCUAUGUACCUCUCCAAGGAGGAGUGGGGCCUUCUUGAUGCAGCCCAGAGGCUGUACCAUGAUGUGAUGCUGGAGAACUUUGAGCUCAUGACCUCCCUUGGUUGUUGGCAUGGAGUGAAAGAUGAGAAGGCCUGUUCCAAGCAGAAUGCUUCUGUAGAAAGGGUAUCACAAGUCAGGAUCCUCCGUGCACAUUCUUUCACCCAGGAUACUGACAUCUGUGACGCUUGUGGCCCAUUCCUGAAAGACACUUUGCACUGAGAUGGGCAGCAAGGAGCACAUUCUGAGGAGACCACCUACACAUAUGGAAGAGAGUCUAGGUUCAGUACAUGCCUUCUCCAGCAACAGAAGGAGCACAGUGGAGACAAGCCCUUCAGGUGGAACAAGGACAGGGGCGCAUUUGUGAAGAGUUCUGUAAUCUUUCUGUCAGAGAAGCCCUUCACUUGCAGGCAGGGUGGUAAGGAUGUCUCAGACGGCCAUGACCUCCUCGGGCAGUUGGCCAUAGACAGUGGUAGGAAGCCACAUAGGAGCACAGAGUGCAGGGAGGCCUUCCCACACAGUUCCAAUCCUGCCCAGCUCCUCAAGUGCAGUGACUCUGGCACAGACUUCCAGGAGAGAUCCGCUCUCCUAAACCACCUAAAAACGCACUCUGAAGAAAUACUGUUUGGAUGUCCAACAGUUGGAAAUACCUUAGACGAGAAAUCAACCCUUGAUAAUUACCAAAAGUUUCACACUGGAGAAGCAUCUCAUGUGUGUAAGGAGUGCGGGAAGGCCUUUAGUCACCCAUUUACACUGAGGAAGCACAAGAAAUUUCACAGUGGAGUAAAAUACUAUGAGUGUAGCAACUGUGGGAAAACCUUCAGCCACAAACUUACUGUUCAUCAUCAGAGAGUUCACACAGGAGAAAGGCCUAACGAGUACAGUGAGUGUGGGAAAGCCUUCAAUAAGAGUCACACUGGAGAAAGGCCUUCUAAGUGCAGCAAAUGUGGAAGAGCCUUCAGCCAAAGCUCCAUUUUCCUUCGGCAUCAGAAAGUUCACACCCAAGUAAGACCAUAUGAGUACAGUCAAUGUGGUAAAGCCUUCAGCUGCAGCUCUACUCUCAUUCAGCACUGGCGAGUUUACACUGGAGAACAGCCUUUUGAAUGCAGUGAGUGUGGGAGAGACUUCAGCCAAAGCUCCCACCUCCUGCAACAUCAGAAAGUUCACACUGGAGAAUGGCCUUUUGAGUGCAGUGAACGUGGGAAAUCCUUCAGCAAUAGCACCACCCUCAUUCAGCACUAGAAAUUUCACAUUGAAGAAAGGCUGUAUGAGUGCAAUGAAUUUGGGAAAGCCUUCAGCUGCAGUUCCUGCCUAAUUCAACACUGGAGGAUUCACACCGGAGAAAAGCCUUAUGACUGCAGUGAAUGUGGGAAAUCCUUUGCUCAUAGUUCUAGUCUCAUUGAGCACUGGAGAAUUCACACAAGGGAAAGGCCUUAUGAAUGCAAUGAAUGUGGGAAAUUCUUUAGACAAAACUCCAUUCUCAUUAAACAUCAGAAGGUUCACAUUGAAGAAAGAUCUUAUGAGUGCAGUGAGUGUGAGAAAUUCUUUAGCUGAAAGUCCAGUCUCAUUUAUUACUGGAGAGUUCACACUGGAGAAAGGUCUUAUGAGUGCUGUCAGUGCGGAAGAACCUUCAGCAGUAACUUUCACCUGUUUCAUCACCAAAGAGUUCACACGCAAGAAAGGCCCUACGAGUGCAGUCAAUGUGGGAAGGCUUUUAGUGAAAGGUCCAUCCUUGUGUGACACAAGAUAGUUCACAUCAGAGAAAGGACUUAUGAGUGUGGCCAUGGGAAAAUCUUCAGCUGCCUCUACAACCUUGCUCAGCAUAAAAGGAUUCAUACCUGAGUGGAGCCUUAUGGAAAUGGCCUUUGUGAGAAAAUCUUCAGCCAAGUCAGACUUCAUGCAGCAUAAUCCCACAGAGAAAUUCCCUGCAUGUACCACUAAUGUGAAAAAGCCUUCAGAAGCUACUCUGCCUUUUCUGAGCAGCCCAGGAACCUGGGCAGAGCUGUCUCCCCACCAGAGCAUAAUUGUCUUUCCAGCCUGCCUGGAUCCAAAUAUUUGCAGCAGUCAUCUGCAUAUGCAUGAAGAAGGCUCCCUGUGCCUUCUUUCCCAUUUCCUGGAAGGAAUCAGGAUUGUCCUGGGCCCAUUGGAAUGGCUUCAUUCCCAUUGCCUCUGUGAGGGUUAGGGAAUGAACUGAACCCAUACUGGUUGAGGGCCCUUGAAGGAUGUCCAGUUUGGACUUCUUGGGAAGCUGCACAUUCCUCAUGGAUGGAUGGUAUUAAAUUGAAAAUGUUUCCAAUA